AUUUUAACAGAACCUGCCCCGACGUUCGUACCUGACAGUCUAUCGACAACACCAGUCACGAACGAAAAAUGUGUCACCUUCAUGUGCAAGUUUAAUCCUUCAACAAAAGAAGAUUUUUAUUAUCAAGUCAAGUGGCGCAUAGAGGGUAGUUCUCAAAUAACGCUGACAAAACAGUUUUUCAAAAACUCCAGUCUUGAUGGGUUGAGACUAACAGAAAGCGACUUUGAGGAUAACGAUAUCGGUUUAGGUGUUAAUAUAUCAUGUGCCUUGAGGGCUUUCAGGACACCUGAUGGACUACCAGGGACAUUGUCAACUUAUUCAAAACCUUUAUUCUUCGGUAUUGAAGUUCUCACGCCAUUAAUAAGCUUGAGAAAAGGCGAAACAAAGUCAGUAGAGCUACUGAAUUCAGUACCAAUCAUUUGUUAUACAGAGAAUAAAGUAUUCAACCAGUUUAUUCAGAGUAGCUGCAAUGUUCGACUACAGUAUUUUUCUCCGCAAUAUGGAACUUGCUCAAGUAUGCCAUCAUUCCAAGACGGAUGCGAUUCUUUUCUUACAAACAGUGAAGUAGGUCAAAUUACUCGAGUGAACAUUAGUGUGGCUGAAACAGGACAAUAUGGAGUAGCUGGACACUUCAAAAUUUACUUGUCAGUACCAGCAGUUGAUUUGGGAUAUUUGAAGCUGUGGAGGAAAGCUUACAAACUACCUGUGAUAAGUGUUGAUGUCUUACCCGAGACACAUACAGAAUGGCGCGGCUCUAUCUGCACUGCAAGAAAUGAUCCCCAUAUGUAUACUUUUGAUCAAAGAACGUAUGAGCACCAUGAAAACGGCGGGGAAUAUAUUAUGUACAGACAUAAAUUUUACACUAAUGUUGAGAUACAACACAAAGUUGCUCCGUGUACUAAUGAAAAUGAUAAAGCCAAAUGUAACUGUGGUGUAGCUGUCAGAGCUGGAAGAGAUGUAUACGUCAUUAACGUAUGUGAUAACCUCCUUGAUAUUGGACACAAACAUUGCGGUGACGAGGCUUUAACAGUAAAAAAAGACAAUGACUUUACUUAUACUAUGUAUCUUCCAUUUGGAACGGCUGUAAGGGCUAGAAUAGAUAACCAGCCAUAUAUGGGACCAGAAGGUGGGAAGGUUUUGGACAUCAGCAUCCUACCAUCGGUACAUGACAAAGGUGGUAACAGUACAGGCUUAUGUGGAACGUUAAAUAACAAAAAGGAGGAUGAUUUCCAACACAGAGAUGAAAGAAUUGGAACGCUUAAGAAUAGCACAAUUUUCAUAAAGAGUUGGAGAGUGCUGCAGAAUGAAAGUUUAUUUACUGCAAAUGUGGACAGCAUGCAAUUAGAGCCUUGGGUAUUUCCAAUGUGCACUUGUAAAGAAACUGAGAAAAGAAGUCCAAUCUCAUGCGACAGAAGUGUAUCAGACUGUACACCCGGUAUGAAAACUGGACAGCACAGUUGUGGGGAAGUGUCAUCCCGACGUUCUGUUAGAUCUUUGGCAAAGCGACCUAGGAUUCCAUUGGUGCGGCAAACACGACACUACGAAAUGCGACAUAAAAUCAUAAAAAGAACAAGUGAGACUAAAUCUUGGAACAACUCGAUGGCAACUCGUCAUUGCAGGGAGUAUUUUUCAGACUUAAAGACAUUUAAGCUAUGCAACAAAGUUCCCUCAACACAUACUAAUGUUUCAGAGCAAAACUGUGUUCUUGAUAUAUUGUUAACUAACUCUUCCGAAUGGAUUGAUAUAUCGAGACAAUCUAUGCUAGAUACCUGUCAGAGUGAAAUUCAAAGAAAUGCCAGUGUCAGACAAGAGGUAGUAGAAAAAGCCAAAAACGCAACAGCGGAGGCAGAAGCUGGCUUACAUACAGGGACUACUAUCCUUCCGCCAAUUGAAAUAAAGGAAAUCGAAGAACUAGAAAAAGCGAUUAAAACCAUCAAAGAAAUCGCAUGCUUAAAUGAUUGUUCUGGACAUGGAACUUGUUCAAAUGGCACGUGUGUGUGUAAGCAAAGAUAUGGUGCAUCAGACUGUUCUUUAGACAUAAAAAAACCACCACGUUUACAAGAGAUUCUUGACAGUGGAUUUUAUGAUGAAAAGCUUGCUGACUGCACACAUAUUUACGUAUUUGGUGAAGUCUUUGUUGGAACAAAUCUGACAUGUCGAUUAAAGAAAUUCACGAUGGCAGUGAAUAAAACACGAGUCAAUACGCAGAUAUUUCAUACCAAGGGAACAGCUGAAACAUUAGUGGAAGCGAUGUGUCCUAUCGAACACCUUAGUAUAUCUAGACGACGACGACGAUCGGACAAUAACCAGCCACCAUCUGAUUUUGUUUAUGGUUUCGAAGUAUCUGUCAGCAACGACGGAACGAGCUUUGGGAACAACACUCUAGAUGUUUAUGUUUUUGACUCCACUUGCCAGUCGUAUACCAACGGGUCUAUGGGAAUGACUUUUGACCUAAAGGACGGCUACUGUCAUAUUGAAGGUAAAUGUGUACAAAACGGGACUCUUAGUAUAAAACAGACAAUGAUAUGUGACUCAAGAGCGGCUAAGUUUAGAUGGACAAUGGUACCAACGACAACUCAGGCACCUGUUACAGCAAAUAAGGCAUCGACCUUUUCUGAAAUCACUAAGUGUGGUUGCAAUGUUAACAACACUGAUUCAUGUCUUGGCACAAUAUGCAAAUGCAAAGCUGGUUGGACUGGACUGAAAUGUGAAAAUGAUGUUAAUGAAUGCGACACUGAUCCACCUGUUUGUGACGACACGAAACAUAGUGGUUGCCAAAACUCACCGGGAAGUUACAACUGUUUUUGCCUAAGAAACUUCCGAAUAUCAGAGAAAGGAAUUUGUGAAGAGAACACAGAAACAGACCCAAAAGCAACGAUAGCUGAGAUAGAAAAGUCAGAACCAGACCAAACGGCGUUCGAAAUAGAAAUGACGAUUGAUAUAACUUUAAACAGCAUGCAUAACCUCGAUACAGCAGAAACAUACCAAACGUAUAUAAAUGAGACGAAGAAUACCUUGAAACAAUACUACCAAAAGAAACUUGGAAUUGGUCUUAAAGACGUAGUGAUAAUUUCUCUUCGGCGAGGUAGUCUUAUUGUUCAGCACGCUGUUAUCGUGAAAUCAGAGGAUUACGUCAUGAAGGCACUGUCUGUUGCCAUUGCUACGUUUUCUCAUGGUGAAAAGAUUGAACUUUUUGGGAAGACAUACAGUGUACAUAAUGUGAAAGUAGAGAACAAUAAUGUUGGAGUUGAAAGUGGCAAUUACGAGGAGUUUAUACAUUGUGAAAUCUAUACUAAUCUGCAUCCAUGUGAGGAACAUGACCAGUGUGUACUAGAAAACGGUGUUCCCAUAUGCAAAAGAAUAUCAGAAGAGGCUGAUGGCAAAGAAGGCGGUACAAACCUGAUGAUUAUUAUUUCGUCAACAGUCGGGGGUGUCUUGGUCAUUAUCAUAUUCGCACUUGUGCUCGUCAUAUGUUGUAAAAGAAAAAAAAACAAAAACAGAUUAGAAAACCACCAACACACAAGCGUACAAAAUGAAUACAACGAUGUGACUAGUAGGGAAAUGGUUCAAAUUCCUCGAGCUAAACGCUAUUCGGACGGCAAACCAGCCCAUGACAAUCCAACAUUCGAACAUGAGUCUAGAGCAAUGGCAGAUACGACACUUGAUUCUAGAUCUGCCUACAAAGAAGGGUCGUAUUGUGAAUCUAAGGAUGGCUAUGUUUAUUAUUACGGAAAGAAGUGACGAGAAAAAGAGAGGAAAGGAGACAUUAGAAUGACAUUUUCUUGACUAUUGUAUGUUUAUCUAGAUUUUGUAUUCUAUUUAUGAUUGUAUUUUACAGACAAUUUUUGUUAUGUGUUAAAACUCUUACAAUGUGCUAUUUCAUUUAUGUCGGAUUGGGCGACCUCUGGUUUCCUACAUUUGCUAUGCUAAAAAACUAUUAUAAAAGCCAUUUAAAACUUUCUUAAUCAUAUAGAAAAUAACUUACAUCCUGUUUGUUUUUGUCACAUUUAAUAAGAAGAAAGAGUAAUCUUUGUCCAGUUUAAACUUUAACCUUAUAGGAAGGAGAAAAGCAUUUGACAGGUUUGAAAGUUUCUUAUCUAUUAGACAGACACAGAAACUAUAUGUCUCAAACUAUCUUGACCAUUAACUUUAGUUUCAUUGUUCGAUUUUGAUUUUGGUUUUUAAAAGGUAAUAUUUAGAUGUGUCAUCAGUUAUUAACUUUCAUGACACAAAACGAUGUAUUAGAUAUGAAAAAAUAAUUAUAUUAAAUGAAAAUUAAGAAGAUGUUCAGUAUAUUCUAUGAUUAUGAUGGAGGAUAUUCAAGUUUUUUCUGGUGUGAUAAUAAAUGUUUAAUUUGAAUCAAAUAUUCACCGCCAGACUUAUAUGUUAUAUAAUAUUUUGUUUUACUAUGUGUAUUUAUAAUAGCACCUUGCAAAACUUCUAGUUAGAUAUAUGAGAAAUGUGUAGAAUAAGCUUAAAUAUGUGUGUUGCUUUUUACUGAAAACACCAUUAAACAUAAUACAUGUAGUUCAAUCACAAGUGUUUUCUAAUAUACUCAAUAAAUAAAUGUUUUUACUCCACAUCUGGAUUUUAGUUUUUAUCUCUGCGAACUUUUACGAUUAGAAAAAAAUUAAUGGUUAUAUCAUUAUAAUACAGUAUCACAACCGUUGCAAUCAAAAGUUAACUUAUUUAGCUGUAGAGGUUUCACUAUCUGAAUUAAAGGUAACCGUAAAUCACAGGUCAAAUAAUCAGCAAAGCCCAGAUGACAACAGUACGCUUUGCACAUAUUCAAACAGUUACAUGUUUAUAGUGUUUCUUUAACUACGUUUAGUUUAAAUAGAACAUCCGUCAAUAUUUCAAGGAUCAAGGUGGAAAUUUCAAAGCAUUUGUGUGACGUCACUAAAGCAUGAGGAAGAAUUGACCUCCGGACCGAUGUGACAGAAAAUCUAUAAUAGGGUAGACAAUAGCUAUAUCAUAAAUGUGACAGAUUAAUAAAUGAUUUUGCAGUGCCGAUAUUUAUUGCAUCCGGGUAUUUGUCACUUGUAUAGGU